UGCAAUAUCAUUUAUGCUGACAAUGAAAUUUAAGAAAAUUAUAUUUGUGUGCAAAUAAGCUCUGAAAUCUUUAUUGUGAUAAUCAAAAUAUAUGAGAUCAAAUUCUUUGAAAGCAGCGUAAAUAAAUUGAAAGUGAAGUGAGCUGUAUAUACAUAAAUCAGAGACUGUUGGCUUAGGGGGAAUAAGGGUAGCAACAAAAAAAGCUCUUAGCAACAUGUUGACAACACAUCACUUGCCACAUUUGCAUCAUCAUCGUGGCAGCACAGCGGUGGAGUUGGAUAAGAUCACAAAUCUGAAUACGCUCAUUGUGGAAAUCAACAGCCAAGUGGCGCUCUUUCGUGAUAUGCUAAUACAUGUUGGCCAGACUAAAGACUGUCCCGAAUUGCGGGAAAAAAUUCGAAAAUUGCGAAGAACCUGCGUUGAAGCAUGCAAACACACAGGACAAAUAAUAAUGCCUCAGGUGAAAAGCGCUGUCAGCGAAGGUGUGCUCACUGAUAAUCCGCAUCUAGUGCUGCUAUUUUACUUGGCGCAGCGAUUUCUACACGAACUAAUAAAAAGUUAUCGCCUCAUACAGGUGGUGCCAAUGGACAUGUCCGGUUAUUACGAAAACCGCGCCGGACCUUCCAACCUCGGCAAUGUCAUCAGCCAAAUAUUGCUUUGCAAGCAAAUAACACCCGACUUCAAUCAGGAGGAAUUAUGCAGCAUUACAAAGGAUUCGCAGGAUAUAGCGGUGCUAUUGUCUGAGAUGCAAGAGUACAUGCCACAACAUGACACAUAUCUGGAGCGCAGUGCGGCGCUUGAAUCGGUGAAAAGCAAUCACAACUUCAUUUGCAAGAAUAUGAGUUUGUUGUGCUGCAUGUCACGUCCGAGAUAUCUCUGAGAGGAAACCUAGGGAAUGGAGGGAGGGCAGCGCCCAACUACUACAACAGCGA